AUAUAUAAUUUCUUAUUAUUGCGGGUUGCAGUGUAUAUAUAUAUAUAUAUAUAUAUAUUGUAAAUAUGUUUUUUGUUCUUUUGAAAAAUGAAAGCUUUUAGAUUUUUCCCUCUAAGAAAGCAGUAAGCUUUGCAAAUCUCUCCGUUAGAGUUGAGAGAUGGGUGUGAAGAACUUAUGGGAUAUCUUUGAAUCCUGCAAGAAAACCCUUCCACUUCAUCAUCUUCAGAACAAAAGGGUAUGUAUAGAUCUCUCUUGCUGGAUGGUUCAACUGCAAAAUGUAAGCAAAUCACACUGUUUGAAGGAGAAGAAUUAUCUUAAAAAUCUUUUUCACCGGCUUCGAGCUCUCAUUGCUUUGAAUUGCAGCCUUAUUUUCGUUACAGAUGGGUCAAUUCCUGCUAUCAAAAUAUCAACUUAUAGACGCCGCUUGAAUUUACCGAGUGAAGUUAGUCAUGAUGGAAUAAACCCACAAAAGGUGUCUUCACUACGAAGAAAUAUGGGAUCUGAGUUUUCAUGCAUGAUAAAGGAGGCGAAACUUUUGGGCAUGGCACUUGGUAUUCCUUGCUUAGAUGGGAUUGAAGAAGCUGAAGCGCAGUGUGCAUUGCUAAACUCGGAAAAAUUGUGUGAUGGAUGCUUCACUUCAGAUUCAGAUGUUUUCCUUUUUGGUGGUCGGACUGUGUACAGAGAUAUCUGCCUUGGAGAUGGCGGUUAUGUAGUCUGCUAUGAAAUGGCAGACAUAGAGAAACAACUUGGAUUUGGAAGGAACUCAUUGAUUACACUUGCCGUACUAAUUGGCAGUGACUAUUCUCAUGGAGUUCAUGGAUUGGGUCCUGAAUCAGCAUGUCAGAUUGUUAAAUCUAUUGGAGACAAUGUUGUCCUCCAAAAAAUAGCAUCAGAGGGUCUUGCAUUUGCUAAGAAGACAAAAGGUUCAAAGAAACAGCCAAAAAAUGGUUCAAAGAAACAGCCAAAAAAUUCUAAUUGCAGCAAGGAGAACUCUUUGGAUCACAAGAUUAAAGUGAAUGAAACUGUGAAUACUUCACAAAGGGAUGAUCAGUUCUUGCAAGUGAUCGAUGCAUUUUUAAACCCUAAGUGCCACGCGGCAGAUUCUGAUGCAGUCCAUAGGGUUCUUGCUCAGCACCCAUUUCAACAUGUCAAUCUUCAGCAGAUAUGUGGUCAGUUCUUUGAGUGGCCUCCUGAGAAAACAGAUAAAUAUAUUCUCCCAAAAAUUGCUGAAAGAGAUUUACGACGCUUUGCCAAUUUACGGUCAACUUCAUUAGAACUUGGACUAAAGCUGCUUCUGCAUGAGAUGCCAACCAAGUGCCCUGUGUCUGAAAUCAUCAAGCAGAGAAAAGUACAGGGAAAGGAAUGCUACGAGGUUUCAUGGGAAGAGAUGCAUGGGCUUAAAACCUCUGUAGUACCAGCAGAUCUGUUAGAGAGUGCAUGUCCUGAGAAGAUUGUGGAGUUUGAAGAAAGAAGAGCUCAAAAGAAGAAACAGAAUCACCCCAAAGCAAAACCAAAAAAAUCAAGAAACAUGUCUUGUGUGGAUGACGAUAAUAUUUAUCAGAAACUUCAAAAUCUUUUGCUUGACACUGAAUCUGGAAGCAAUAGUGCGCAAUGCCCUCUUGCUACGCGAGCAGUGAUCUCGGCAAAUGCAAUGCCUGCCAGAGAAGCAAAUCCGACAAUCAGAGACCCACUUGUUCAUAUGAAGUUGGAAAGUAGCCACCAUUAUGGUUCCUCCAUAUCUGGCCAUGAAGUUGGUCAAAGUGCUUCUCAAUGUGAGAUUAUUGACCUCUUAAGCCCUUCCCCACAAAUACGACAUCGUACAGUAUCUGAACAUGAAAAUGGAAACGUGCAGCGUAUUGAUGUAAUAAAUUUGAGUGACUCAGAAACGGAAAUGUCAGUUGAACAUGAGAGGAAGGCUAGAGACUUGAGAUCGUUUAUAGCCACCAUCAAGAAUGACAACUCUUGACUUGGAUUAACGUGUAAAAGACACUUAAUUCUUAAGUUUUUUUUUUUUGAAGAUUCAGCUUUGAAAUGAAAUCAAUGUUGUGUAGCA